CAAGAAGAACAAGAAGAACAAGAAGAAAAAGAACAAGAACAAGAAGAAGCGACGUGAUUGGUCCGCUCGUCCCCGCGUGCGGUUAUGCUGCUGGGUGAUUGGCAGGGAGCCAGACGCGCGUUACCAAACUACCAUCUCCUCCAGUCCGGCUGUAACGACUUGUGUCAGUUUUAGCUUUUUAAAACUGUCAGAACUGGAAGAUAUUAUUCACCUCUUUUUUUUUUUUUUUUUACAGCCACCAGGUUCUGUCCCGUUGUGUUAAUUACACUGAAAUCAGACUUUUUUUUUUCGGUUUUCUAGCUUGUUAUUCAUCUUUGUUUCACUCACUGAAGUGAACUGGAAGAUCCGUGGAGAACACACCAAAACGCUCUUCACCUCAGAUGAUGAAGCACACACACAGGUGGUGCCAGACUCCCCCCUCAGUGACUGUCCGGGUCAAACCCAACAGUGCCCACACUCUUCAAAUCAGAAGAGGUCUCCGGCUUAAAAGAGCCAGCGGCCAAGACGCCCAGGGCCCACCAGGGAAGAGCCAGCUGAGCCAGCAUCAGGAUGAGGUGCAUUAUGCCAAAAUGACCAUGCCUCCAACUAUUGUCAUCCAGCAGCAGGAAAUGGCAUCAUACUUCAGACUUUUUGACAAUGACCUUAUUCAAGACUUCCUGUGGAUGGACUGUUGCCGUAAAAUGACAGACAAGUACCUUCUUGCCAUGACCUUUGUGUACUUCAAAAGGGCCCACUUCACCAUUGCUGAAUACACCAGAAAGAAUUUUUUCGUUGCAUUGUAUCUUGCUAACACCAUGGAGGAGGAUGAGGAGGAGAGUAAGUAUGAGAUUUUUCCAUGGGCGCUGGGCAAGAACUGGAGGAAGCAGUUUCCCCGCUUCCUCAAACAGCGAGACAAGCUGUGGGGUCGUAUCCAGUACAGAGCUGCUGUCAGCAGGCGCUGCUGUGAAGAGGUGAUGGCCAUUGUUCCCUCUCACUUUGCGUGGCAGCGAGAGAGAUCAGAGCACCAUAGCGGUGCCCAGCGGCACUACGGUGACCAAGAUCACUCCCGUAUUCCUCGUGGGCCUUCUGCCUCCCCAGUCUCCUGUGCCCUCUGUAACCGCAGCACCAGGUUAGAUCAGGGCCUUGGCUCCUCACAGACCCCAAACACCACCUAUCCACACCCAUUCACCUCCUUGCUGGCUUUGGAGAUCAGCCCACCCAACGCUGCAGCCUCUUGCAGGAAGGCGGAGACUAAAAGCCGCAUGCAGCACUCCUCCUGCUGCUGUGCUGAGGAGGUUCCUAGGGAUGAGUCUACUUGUGGAUCUGCAUAUGACACCUCCAUGGACUGGAUUAGUGAGGAGUAGGGCGUCACCACCGCAGCAGUUAUACUGCUUCCCUCUUCAUAAUGACAGAGCAGUUCUUUGUAUUAUCUUCUCUCCUCUUGAAUAGCACUUUGACUCUGAAGUAAAGGUCUGAAUCAUAAGUGUAACUCAUUAGUUUGUGUUGAUCUCUGCAAACACGCUGAUUUUUUUUCACAACUUGUCAGAACAAAGUUAAAUGUUCAAGUGACUGAGAAUGAGCUAAUGAUGUUCUAUACAUCAUACUCUGAUGGAAACAUACAUUAAGAUUGUGACAUGCCAAAGAGUAUUAUUGUAAAGUCUGUUUAACCUGCACUGAGUUCCUGCUAGCUAUUUAUUUAUUUAUUUAUUUAUUUAUUUAUGUAUGUAUUGGUUAUUUAUUUACUGAAGCACUUAUUCACAGAUGAAAAAAGAAAUUGUCAGGUGAGUUUCUGAAAUUUUGGCUAAGUUUAAGUUCACAUGUCUUCACCAUACUGGAAUUCUUUUAGUUGUGUUUUCUAGUAAUGUUGCCAGUGUGCCUGUUAAAUGAUCCAACACUGCCUCUUGAGUUUCCAAUAAAGGGUUGAAUUUAAAUG